AUGAUAGUCUUUAUUUUACUAGUUAUGGGAAUAUUCCUGGAAAAUGAAUGCAUAUCCCAAACCACUGACUGUACAUACCUAGGAGAGCAAUGCUUAAGUGAUGGUGGUGCAUGUAAAAGUGCGUGGGGAAUAAUGGAAGAUGCCUGUGAUGUUUCAGAUCCAGGUAAUCACUGCAAGCUGAAGAAUCCAUCAAAUUGUAACAACAGUAUCCAGUCCUUAGUGAACACCAAUUCUGAAUUUAAAGGCUGUCUCUGCACUGAUGAUCUCUACUGUACUAUUGGCAAAAUGUUUGGGCAAAAAUGCAUCAAUGAAUCAGAUAACAAGAAAGAAGACAAUAAAGUCAAGUGGAAUUUAAGUACUCUCUCCUCUCAUGGUAUCAAUGGGAUCCUGUCUUGUAUGGAAGUGGCAGAGGCAUGUGUAGGGGAUAUGGUCUGUAAUACACAGUUGGCCCCUUACCUUAAAGCUUGCUCAGCAAAUGGAAGUCUGUGUGAUGUGAAACACUGCCAAGCAGCCAUACGGUUCUUCUAUCAAAAUAUGCCUUUUAACAUUGCCCAGAUGUUGGCUUUUUGUGACUGUGCUCAAUCUGAUCUACCUUGUCAGCAGUCCAAAGAAGCUCUUCACAGCAAGCCAUGUGCAAUGAACAUAGUUCCACCCCCUACUUGCCUCAAUGUAAUUCACAGCUGCAGAAAUGAUGAAUUGUGCAGGAGACGCUAUAAAACAUUUCAGUCAAAAUGCUGGCAGCAUUUGGCUAGAACAUGCCAUGAAGAUGAUACCUGCAUUAGUAACUUAGGCAAGCAGGACAUCAUUUGCUCAGCCAGUGAUGACUGCAAAGCAGCUUAUAUUGGUACUCUUGGGACUGUCCUUCAAGUGGAAUGCACCUGUAGGGCCAUUGCCCCAAGUGAAGAAGCUUUGUGCAAGGUUUUCCAGCAUAUACUACAUAGAAGAUCAUGUUUUGAUUAUCCUACCCUGUCUAAUGUCAAAGAUAUUAUGUUGCAUAAUGAAAAACAUGAAGAGAAAAUCAAUCGAAGUGAAUUUCAUUCCCUCUUCAAUGGCGAAGUUAUCUAUGCAAUCAUGUGCAUGACAGUCACCUGUGGAGUCCUCUUGAUUAUCCUAAAGUUAAGAAUGUCUAAAAUAUCAAGUCAAACAAGAGAUCGCUCACCAGUUCAGAUACCCAGAGGAUUUCAGAUUCGAGUCACAGAUUAUUAACAAUAAUUACUUUUCUAGACAAUCAACAGAAUUUCUAAUCUUUCAUCAAUGAGUAUAAUGUUACAAUGGAUUUUAGGGUGAUAUUGGAUCACAAAAUAUA